AUGGUGAAGAUCUGUUGUAUUGGAGCUGGAUAUGUUGGUGGACCAACAAUGGCAGUGAUUGCAUUGAAAUGUCCACACAUUGAAGUAGCAGUUGUUGAUAUCUCUGUACCACGUAUCAACGCAUGGAACAGUGAUCAGCUUCCGAUCUACGAGCCAGGUCUUGACGAUAUCGUUAAGCAAUGCAGAGGGAAAAACCUUUUCUUCAGUACUGAUGUGGAGAAACAUGUGAGGGAAGCUGAUAUUGUCUUUGUCUCGGUUAACACACCGACUAAAACCACUGGUCUUGGAGCUGGUAAAGCUGCAGAUCUCACUUAUUGGGAAAGUGCUGCUCGUAUGAUCGCUGAUGUAUCGGUUUCUGACAAGAUUGUGGUUGAGAAAUCGACUGUUCCGGUGAAAACAGCUGAAGCAAUUGAAAAGAUUUUGAUGCAUAACAGUAAAGGAAUCAAGUUUCAGAUCCUUUCGAACCCCGAGUUUCUUGCGGAAGGAACUGCAAUCACUGAUCUUUUUAACCCUGACCGUGUUUUGAUCGGAGGGCGAGAAACACCAGAAGGGUUCAAAGCUGUUCAGACACUUAAGGAGGUUUAUGCCAAUUGGGUUCCUGAAAACCAAAUCAUCACAACAAAUCUCUGGUCUGCCGAGCUUUCCAAGCUAGCUGCAAACGCUUUCUUGGCUCAGAGGAUUUCAUCGGUCAAUGCGAUGUCUGCUCUUUGUGAAUCCACCGGUGCUGAUGUUACUCAAGUGUCUUACGCUGUUGGUACUGAUUCAAGAAUUGGUCCCAAGUUCUUGAACGCUAGUGUUGGAUUCGGCGGUUCUUGUUUCCAAAAGGACAUUCUGAAUCUUGUCUACAUCUGUCAAUGCAACGGUCUUCCAGAAGUUGCGGAAUACUGGAAACAAGUGAUCAAGAUCAACGAUUACCAAAAGAACCGGUUCGUGAACAGAAUCGUUUCUUCUAUGUUCAACACUGUCUCCAACAAGAAGGUUGCGAUCCUUGGAUUUGCAUUCAAGAAAGACACGGGAGACACAAGGGAAACACCAGCCAUUGAUGUGUGCAAAGGAUUGCUUGGAGACAAAGCGCAGAUUAGCAUCUAUGAUCCUCAAGUCACUGAAGAGCAGAUUCAGAGAGACCUUUCGAUGAAAAAGUUCGAUUGGGACCAUCCGCUUCACUUGCAGCCAAUGAGUCCAACCACAGUGAAACAAGUGAGCGUAACUUGGGACGCGUAUGAAGCUACGAAAGACGCACACGCGGUUUGCGUAUUGACCGAAUGGGAUGAGUUUAAGUCGUUAGAUUACCAGAAGAUCUUUGACAAUAUGCAGAAACCGGCAUUUAUCUUCGACGGAAGAAACAUUUUGAACGUUAACAAGUUAAGAGAGAUUGGUUUCAUUGUUUACUCCAUUGGUAAGCCACUUGAUGCUUGGCUUAAGGACAUGCCUGCUUUUGUCUAA